GAACAUGAAAGAUCUUGUCUUUGUCGAAGAUAACUUGCGAAACAUGCGUAUGGUGUUUUUAUUUAGGUUUAAACGUCCCACCUUGAGUGGAAUUGGUUUUGUACAACACGGGUUGUGGUGUUGAAACCUUCACAAUAAACGUCGUUGACCAAAGUGUCGAAACAUUACAUCGGGCGGUUGUUUUAUUUUGAAAUUCGGUCCCGGAUUCUCGAUUGUAAUUACCCUCGCUUGAUGAUUUGUACCCCAGUGGAGGGAGGGAGGGAGGGAGGAUUGUCCCUCCUUCGGUCGUCUCGACUCUGGACUUGCGCGGGUUACAACAAAGAGAAAGCCUCGAGCACUUGCGGGCGGGGGACGCCGCCCGGCGAGCAGCCCGUAACUUUUGUCUCCUUUUGUUUUUCAGACGCUUGGAUUAAAAAAACAUUAAAGAAUCAUCAACACCGGUGUUACCGAAAGCGUUUUUGCCCAAGAUGUGGGAGCGCCGAAACAGCUGACAAAUAAUGUUGACUUGCGUCCGAACUAUCCUGGUUUGGAUGACGCGCUCGGGCGGACAAGAUCCCUCGGGGCCUGGCCUCUGAUCGGAAGCGCAUCAUCAGAGAAGACGACCCCGCCCGCCCGCCACCCACCAUGUCUGCCCAGGAAGCAGCUCAGCUACCCGCCCAGUUAGCCGAAGUCAAACCCAAGCCGGACAUCCCCCCGAAACCGAUGGAGCGAGCAUCCGCCCAGCCGCUGGAAGAGGAUGACAGGCCCUCCAGCCCCUCGGGCGUGAAUGUCAAGAGGAUCGUGAACAAGUUCAGCAAACACCGGGUCGUGCCGGCCAAAGCCACACAAAGGCAGAUGAAAAGGCAGCCGGUGGUCAAACCCAAGCCCGCUACCGGCGCCGGCACGCCACUGCAUCCGCCUCCGCUGCCCAAGAAGAGGACUCGCCUCCCGCAGGGGAAGAGCACCGACUCGGAGGACGGCGACGGCAUCUGCGCCGAAGGAGGGCGCUCAGAGCCCGACGGGAGAGAGGUGGAUGCCCAGCCGGCGGCGGGAAAAGCAGAGGACCAGGAGGUCGCGGACGGGUCCGCCGGCCCCGCCUGCGAGCCCAGCUGCUCCUGCGCGUGCCACCUGCGGAGGCCCGGCAUGAAGCUGGUGUGGGUGCCGCUGCCAGACCAGGACGGCGGCGAGGGCGGCGGCGGCGACGUCUUGGGGGAGGAAGGCUCCGACUUGGCCUGGCCGGACGGCCACGAGGAGGCGGAAGAGGAGGCGGACGAGGGCGAUGACCAGGAGCUCGCGCGUUACGCGGCGGAUGACAGCGAGGAGACCAAGCCGGAAAGGGCCAAGUCCCAAAACUUGCUGCUUCUCAAAACGGACGAGAGUCCCAGAAGACUGUCGGAUCCGGGACCGCAGAUUCCCGCGCCGCUUCCUCAGCUCCACGCGCCGGCCCCCAAACACAACACGCUGCUGGCCGUCAGGCACGCGUCCGCCGCGGACGAAGAGGGCAUUUACGAGUCCAUCAUCCCCACGGCGGAUCCCGGCCACAAUAAGAAAGGCGCUCAGGAGGCGGAGCUUCUUCACUUGAAGGCGCCCACGCCGCUUCGCAGGUUGAAGCCGCCGGAGAUCCAGCGGGACGGCGCCGCUUUGGCGCCGGCGGGCGAGGACGCGCCGCCCGCCCUCCCGCCCCGCGUGCCCCUGAGCCAGGACGCUCGCAGCCCGGCGGAGGAGCGGACAUCGCAAGCCGCUCCCCGGCCCCCGGCCAGCCCCCACCUGCCUCCGAGACCCCCGCCGCCACUGCCCAAGGCGGAUUUGGCCAACAGCGCGGCCGCGCAGAGAAACGGUUGGGAAGUGACCGGCGCUCGCUCGCUCGCUUGUCUACGGCUGCUAAACGCUGACCAACGUGCGCUUCAUCUUUCAGACGGAGAGAACGGCGGCGAAGGCGGCGAGGAGGAUUCGGCGGAAGAAGCGUCUGCGACCAAGACUGAACUUUCCAACAGCUGGAAGUCCCGCCUGCAAAAUGAGCCUCUGUACCAGACGUACCGGGCCACCGUCAUCACCAAAGAGAUCCGCCGGCAGACGGUUUGCCGGAACAUCAGCGCCACCGCCGCGGACUACGCCGGCGAGUUGCCCGUUGUCCGCAACGAGUUGCCCGCCUGCAACGAGGGCACCCUGUGGCAGAACCUGCCCGCCGUGCGGGACAGCGGCGUCCUGGAGCGCCUCAGCCCGGAACAGUGCAAGUAUCAGGAGAGUAUGUUUGAGGUCCUGACGUCGGAGGCGUCCUACCUUCGCUCGCUGCACGUUCUCACCGACCACUUCCUGGAGAACCGUGAGCUGGAAGGGACGCUGGUCAUCAGGGACAAGAAGCCGCUCUUUUCCAACAUCCUGAGGAUCCGCGAGGUCAGCGAGAGGUUCCUGAAGGACCUGGAGGAGCGCGUCUUUGAGACGGUGGUCUUCUCGGACAUCUGCGACAUCAUCCACUACCACUCGCAGCACAACUUCCCCGCCUACAUCGACUACGUUCGCAACCAGAUCUACCAGGAGAAGACCUUCACCUCGCUCAUGAAAAACAACGGCUAUUUUGCGGCCGUCAUCAACCGCCUGCAGGAGUCGCCUCAGUGCCAGCGGCUGCCGUUCAUGUCCUUCCUGCUGCUGCCGUUCCAGCGCAUCACGCGCAUCAAAAUGCUCAUCGAGAACAUCCUGAAGCGGACCAAGGAGGGCACCAAAGAGGAGCGGAUGGCCUCCAAGGCUUUGGCUUCCGUCUCCAAGAUCAUCGACGAGUGCAACACGGAGGUGGGCAAGAUGAGACGCAUGGAGGAGUUGAUCCUCAUCUCCAAAACGCUGGAGUUUGACAAGCUCAGGGCCAUCCCCAUCAUUUCCCAGACGCGAUUCCUGGAGAAGAAGGGCGAACUCCAGGAAAUGUCCAGAGGAGGAACCGUCUUCCAAAUGAGAGUCAAGUUCAACCCCAUCUACGUUUUUCUCUUCAAUGACCUGCUCAUCGUGACCACCAGCACCGUCAAGAAGGGCUCCGAGCGCUUCGUGGUGCUGGACUACGCCCACCGCUCCCUGGUGCAGGUCCAGGCCCUGGAGGAGGACAGGAGCAGCGGGCCGUACGAGAACUGCUUCACCCUCAUCCUGCUGGAGAACCACAACGGGCGCAUGAUCGAGCGCCUCAUCAAAGCGCCCUCGCAGCCGGACAUGCACAGGUGGAUGGCGGCCUUCCCCAACAAAGAGGAGGACGACGUGGUCUACGACGCCUGGGACUGUCCUCAGGUGCAGUGCGUGGAGCAGUACGUGGCCCAGCAGGCCGACGAGCUCAACCUGGACCCCACCGAGAUCGUCAACGUCAUACGCAAAACAAACGAGGGCUGGUACGAGGGCAUCCGGCUGUCCGACGGCCAGAAGGGCUGGUUCCCCGUCGGCAACAUCAUCGAAAUCACCAACGAGCACGUGAGGAGGCGCAACCUGAAGGAGCGCUAUCGCGUCAUCCAGGCCGCCAGCCAGGUCACCACCGUCAAGAAACUUUAGCCCGGGGGGGGGGGGGGGGGGGGGGGGCAACGUUACGGACGUUGGCUUUCAUCGCGCGGGAAAGCGGCCGCGAACUGGCCAACUCUUGUUACAAACUUGUCGGAAAGUACACGGAACCCGAUCCGACGCUCAACGUGUCAAACAACAAUACCAAACUGGACCUCAAUGCAAAGAAAACGGUCCUUUUGGUGUACUUUGGUGUCCUCCGGCAUCAGGGAUGUUCCUCGGUCAGCGGAAUGGGCAGCAGGAACUCCUCGUAAUGCUCCACGUCAUCCGGUCGCCUGAAUUCCAGCCAUCCCGCGCCACUCGGACCGCAGGGCGGAGCCAAGACCGCCCAGCCCACCUGCCGUUUCGCCGAUUGUUCAAGUUGACAACUUCCCGUGAUAUAUUGCGAGCCUACCUGAGGGUCUUCGGGGUCUCGGUAGCCCAGUUUGAGGAGACACGUGACGGCCAGGUCCUCCUCGGCGCUCAGCUGGACAACCGCCCGUCCCGGGUGACCGUUGCAGCACGGCAUCGGCGCGGGGCCGCCCAAGACUCUGAAGGCGUGCGGCCCGCGCGGGAAGGGGUCGGCUCGAUUGGGAGGAGCCGGGCUCGUGCACAUGAUCGGCGGCGGAGUGUUGAGCCGGAGGCCGCUCCGUGCCGGCUGCAGAGAAAUGGGGAGAAAACGGACACGCUUUGGUGCUUAUUGGAUUCCACAAAAUUGACGGAUGGGAUGGGCCCGCCCAAAAUAUUGAACAGAUUCUCAACAUAGUUUUACAUUUGCUGUAGCCAACCCCCCCAAAAAACACACUGGCUCCGGUUAAACAAUGGAAGAAUAUGCUAACGAUGUCAAACUGUUUUAAAUCAGGGAAAGAUUUUUACUGUGUAUGUAAAAUGUCAGAUUUCAGCUUCUUUACACUCCAUACAUUCAUUAUUUCAUAAAUUAUCGCCUGCCACCCGUGUGAGGAUAAAAAUGUGUUUAUAUA